AUGGCUUCCCAAAAAGACGUUCCCUUGGCGGAAGCUCUGGAUAAGGAGUUAGAAAACAUCUUCCAAUCAAUAAGCAGUUUAGAAUUAUCGGAAGGCGAAAUCUAUCAGUUAUUCGGUCCUUUGAGGUGGUAUAUUUUUCGGAACAGAUUCCUGAAAUCGGCAAAAGUGGUGGUAAUGGUUACGAUUGCUGUAUUAGCGGUAUACUAUAUAUCGUUUUUAAACUGGAACGCUUCUGCUGUUGGUAGGCUGGUGAUGAUCCAGUUAUUACCGUACUGGAAUUGGAGACCGCUGUAUAAGGAACACUGUUUGAUUAAGAACUUUCCGGUAAAUGUACAGAAGCAAAGCAUGUCUCGGGUUUCAUAUUCAUUCUCUAUUGACGAAUGCGCGGUGUGCGAAAACAUUGAUUCAAUAUCAAAGCUUGAAGCAAUUACCUUCGACUAUCUAAACGAGCAGCAUUUGUUGAGAAGUUUACCAGCUGUUAUCACGGAUUCACAUCAUCAGUGGAAAAAUGCAAGCUACAAGAAUUUAACUAGUUUUGUGGAGCGAAUUGAACCAUUACUAUUAGCUAGGCCGUGCAAUGUACAAACAAAUUUAAUAUUCGACGUGAAUUCACCUAAAAAAUAUGAAAACACCAUGACCGAUCUCUAUGAUAUGUUGCUGAACGUCCGUGGAAACGACUCGUGGUUCCUGCAUUUUCGAAACUGUGAACUGAACACCGUUAAACAAACGCGAUUGCUGAUUGGAAAACCUUACUUCUAUCCAGCCCAUCUGGAGAUGCCGUACACAACGUGGAUUUUGAUGUCGAACAAUUAUCGGAAGGCAUCACCGAAGACGUUGAACUUGGAUGGGCUUACGAUAGUUAUGCAGGUUACAGGAGUAAUCGGUAUCACCUUGCAGGCGAAAGAACCAUGCGAUCGGACUUGUGGUUCGCUGACAGCGGAUAUACGCGAGGGAGAGUCGUUGAUUUUCUCCACAAAACUCUGGACGAUGAAAUAUUUGCCAGCAUACUCAAAUGAAACAUCUAUAAGCUUCGUGACGGAGACGUAUCAAAGUUGAAUACAUGCAUAAUAAUUGUAGCAUAUGUAAAAUCUGAAUAAAUGUAGUUGGUCAUUAAAUCGGAAUUAAUCUUAUUUUUCAUAUUUUUUUACUGAAUUUGGAAAAAAUGUGAGCUUGCUCUCUACACUCAGAAUAAUUAGUACGUAAUACAUGGUUGUGCACUAGUAAGCUGUAAACAGCUAACUACGCACAAGUGAUUCUUUCGUUCGGCUUUUGCAUCAUUUUGCGCAAAUGAAGUGAAAUAAGUAUAUGUGCGGGCUACGGGUAUAUGUGGGGCCCUCCUUGGCCGUGCGGUAGGACGCGCGGCUACAAAGCAAAACCACGCUGAGGGUGGCUGGGUUCGAUUCCCGGUGCCGGUCUAGGCAAUUUUCGGAUUGAAAAUUGUCUCGCUUCCCUGGGCAUAAAAGUAUCAUCGUGUUAGCCUCAUGAUAUACGAAUGCAAAAAUGGUAACUUGGCUUAGAAAUCUCGCAGUUAAUAACACUAAGCUGCGAAGCGACUCUGUCCCAGUUUGGGGAUGUAAUGCCAAUAAGAAGAAGAAGAAGAAGAAGAAGAAGAUAUGUGCGGCUAAACAUAUUGGACUAAUUUGUAUUAAAUGCAUUCUGGGUUAGGGGAUGCUUACCCGAUCAGCAAUGCAUAACAAAAUUAUAACAAGGGGAGAUAUUUAUUUCAGAAAAAUAUUGUUACAAAAUGUGUUAUAAAUUUGGCUGGUUAGUUGUUAAAAUAACAAAAAAUAUAUCAAAAAUUCCUCUAGCCGUAACACAAUUUAAUCAGAGGUUGAUACCUUCAUAUCAAUAUUAUAACAAACGUUGACAUAAAUAUCCUGUAAAAAUUCUACCUUCAAUGUAACUGCCUACAUCACGUAUGAAAAUGUGGUACUCUUCAACGACGGAUUUCCAUCCAUAAUGUUGGCAAUUAACUUUGUACUAGCUGUUAAUAUCGAACAUAGAUUUAAGUUAUACUAAAGGUAAUUAUGUCCGCUUUUUCCAAUAUCUACAAAAAAUGUAGGCAAUUAUUUUUUGUAAAAAUAUAUAUAACUAAGGUUGUAUUAAUUUUGAUAUGAAAUAAACCUGGUCGAAGACCCAUUUUUAUCGAAUUAUCUAAAUAUAACACACGUUGUUUUGAAGAACAACCAUUGAUAGAAUUGAGUUAUAAUUUUGUUAUGCAUUGCUGAUCGGGUAUGUGCUUAUUUUUUCCGAUGAAUAUAUGUGGAUUAUCUUCAGUGUCAGAAGUUUUUUUAGCUGACAACUAUUCUAUACUAUUUGGAUUUUAUAUUUUUUUUAUAGUUUUAUCAAGGCAUUGUAUAAUAUUUAGGAUUUUGAGAAAGUUUUAUGGUGCACCGUGGGUAAUAGAAAGGAUCUUGAAAAUGCCAUCAUAAAACUUCCUCAAAGCUAUAUGGUUUCUAAUUGGGAAAAAGCUCUUGUUGAACAAUGUUCCAUAAAAUUAAAAAAAGGUAGAAAAAAAAAAAACAAAAUUAAAAC